GGUCUGUUAAAAAAAGAGUGAGACCAAGGCGGGAGCAUCUGCUCGCGCUCCGCGUUCCUUCCUCCUUAGCCUUUAGUGUUUGAAACUCUCAUAUCGCACAUAUCAAUAAUUUAAGCGCGCGCGCGAGAGAGAGAGCAGACGGAGCUCCCCCCGCGCGCUAUGAGUUCUGCUGCCUCGUCACUCGUCCAGGGCCCCUCCGCAACGCGCGCGACACCCGUUUAUUGUGUUUCUAAGUGACAGCAAAGCCGCCGAGAACUGAGAAAAGCGGAGAACAACGGGUGAAACCCUGGAUGUGGAUCGGAGACACCGGGGUCAUAAACUGACUCUCAAAAAUAAGGACGAGCGACGCCUGAGAAUAAACCGCCUCGCUUCCCCUGCGCGCGAGAAACUGUUGGCUGCAGACUGAUUAAAUACAAGCAGAAGAAACCUGGUGGCGUCCACUGUAGUUGUAAAGGAACACAUCUCCAGGUUCAACGGCGGGACUCUUCCUGUCUUACUUUUGCAGAGGGAAAUAGACCCGCGGUGAAAGGCGUGAAGACGAGCGAAGAAGUUGCGCGAUGUUGGCCCUUUGCUGGCUGAGCGCCGUGUGGCUCGCGGCGAGCCCGAGCCGCGCUCAGAACGAGACGGAGCCCAUCGUCCUGGAGGGGAAGUGCCUCGUGGUGUGCGACUCCAACCCCACCUCGGACCCCACGGGCACGGCGCUCGGCAUCUCCGUGCGCUCGGGCAGCGCCAAGGUGGCGUUCUCCGCCGUCCGGAACACGAACCACGAGCCGUCCGAGAUGAGCAACCGGACCAUGGUCAUCUACUUCGACCGGGUUCUAGUAAACGUUGGUAAGAAUUUUGACGAGGAGAGAAGUAAUUUCAUCGCGCCACGCAAAGGGAUUUACAGUUUUAACUUCCACGUAGUCAAAGUCUACAACCGUCAAACUAUACAGGUGAGCCUGAUGCACAAUGGCUGGCCAGUGAUUUCGGCGUUUGCAGGCGACCAGGAUGUGACGCGUGAGGCAGCCAGCAAUGGCGUCCUGAUCCAGAUGGAGAAGGGGGACCGGGCUUACCUCAAACUGGAGAGAGGAAACCUAAUGGGAGGAUGGAAGUACUCCACCUUCUCUGGCUUCCUAGUGUUCCCCAUGUAGAGGAAGAGAAAGGAAUGUGCAGGGAGUGGAAACGAAGGAGGAGAAGCUUGUAGGUGAUGGCAAAUCAAGACGAGGGUGGAUGGAGGAAGGAAAGGGGCGUGCUAAAAACAAGAGGACAUGAGAAGACAAGAGUGACUAUGACAGGGAGGAGGGAUGAGGUGGGUUAGAGAGAAAUAGAACGGUUGCACGGGGGUUGAAUGCAGGAAUGAUGGAACCAGUGCACAAAGGCAUAAAGCUACCUUCUUCACUUCUUCUCCUCCUUUCAUCCAUCCUUUCAUUCAUACAAUUCCUGUUUUCUCUGUGGCUUGACUGCAGCUUUGGACAGCCCAAACUUUUUUAUUCUAUGCUGAAAGAUGCAACUGAUUAUUUGUUUGUUGAGCCUGAGUGUACCCAUCUAUCUUCCUCCACAUCGCCAUUCAAUUAAUUCCUCCAUCUCCAUCAAUGAGCUUUAAAGAAUGUUUCUUGAAGAACAGCUUGUACUGUGGCCAUAUAUGUAGUCCAUUCUUUUAAUUUUUUCAUCACCCUUCACAUAAAUUGCACUGAUUUUGUAUCAUCCCCAAAGCCUAGAAAGUGUAAACUGAUCACAGAAUGAGGAGCUACAGUAUAUGAUCACAUCGACAUUACCUGAAAAGAGGAGUUUCUCAUUCAGACACAUCUCCUCUCUUGCUCUAAAGAUUUCUACUAAUCUCUUUUAUUUUGCACACAGCCUUGCCCUUCGCUCCUCCUUCCUGAUCAGCUGUCUUAAUAAGAUGUGUUAUGUAUUUUACAGCUAUAGUGUUUGACGGUGACUGGGUACUAGCUGUGCAAAUGAUAACCUAUAUAAUAUAAUAUUGUUUCAAAUAUUAAUCACACAGUGGGUAUUUAAAUUUAAAUUACCGAUCUGCAGAGGCAAAUGUUAAACUGAAACAUAAUGCUGAUGAAUUAUUUUUGAUCAUCAUUACAUUUGCAAAAAAAAAAAAAAAAAAAAAAGGAACAGACACUAGACACUAUAUCUGCUUGUGCCAUGAAAAGCUCAUUCAAGUCCGUUAUCAGGUUUGGGCCACUGUGUUUCCAGAAGAUCCUGGUCUACAGAAAAGCUGUAGUUUAUUUUUAUUACCAAUAAAGUGUUAAAGUGCCAAGUCCUCUCAUUUAUAUGCUGUCACCAUCCCUGAUUUACACCCCACAACAUAAAUGAUCUAAUCGUACAGUGCAACAGUAAGGAACUGAUAAACCAAGCCAGACUACAACAGAAAUGCUGCUGGUCUGCUGUUAUUGGAGCAGGAAGUUCACAAAAGCUUUGUAGCCUCCUGUCAUGAGGUCUGUAUUUAACUCUAUUUUGACUGCAAGUCACAUAACGACACAGAAAGCGAUUGAAUAUUUUGUUCCCUCAGAGUCUGUCUUAUCUCUCUGGCAGCCAAACACACACAUCCAUCGACCUCCAUCCUGUCCAGCCAUGCUUCAUCCAUUCCUUCAUCUUCCAUCCAUUUGUCAGUCUGUCCCUCACCAUCACUGAUGCUGUUAACCCCCCCUUCUCGCCAGGAUCCUCUUCUCUCUUUGACUAUGCUGUUUACCCAGAAGUGCAGAUUUCUCCCUGUUUUCUCUGUUUGUAUACAUCUUUUAACCCCCCCCAACACACACACACCCUCCAUAUCCCUCUCCUCCUUCAUGUCUGUUCUUUCUCUGCUGCUGUACUUGUUUGCCUCCCAGCACGGAUUCUUCCCGGCUUCUCUUCAAUGUUGGACUUUGGACACUGAAACCAACUUACAACCGCAAACUCUCUCUCUCUCUCUCUCCCCCUCUCUCUCUCUCUCUCUCUCUCUCUCUCUCCAUAUUCUUCUGGUAUUAUGAUGAUAAUAAUGAUAAUAUUAAUACUGAAAACUGAAUCUGGGUGAUGACUAACUAUAAUAUCUGUAUUUCCGUACAUCAAUGUUAUAUAAAUUAAAAAUAUUCAAGGAGAAACUUACUAGUGAUUGUGUGUGGAAACCUGAGGCUGCAGUUCUGCUUUUCUGAUUAAAACAUGCUUCUUGCUUUUUGUUUUGGGUCGAACCAAGUUGUAACUAAAAAGCUAAGACUUCUACUAACAAUAUGAACCUACAGCAUUAUUAUUAUUAUUAUUAUCUUGACUGUAAAAUGUGUUAAUAUUAUAUUUAGACUAUGAAAAUAUUAUUUACUUUCUUAUUUAUGGCAUUUGCUUUGAUUAAAUCAAUAAAAUUGAAAUUGGACUUUUA